CCCUGUGAAAACGAAAAAAAAAAAGGUUGGCUGGAGAGGAGGUUAAAUCACGGAAAAGAUAUGUGCUGUUGGUUAAUCUGGUGAGGGGGAUCAAGAGGAAAGAGAGUGAGCAGCUGCUGAAAUUUUCUGUUCACUUUUUUUUGGUUCCCUGUGCUGUAGAGAUAUGGAGUCAGCCAUUAAGACCGUCGUGACGACGUUUCUCAGUUCUGCCAGAGGGAAGGAGAACCUUGAUUCUAAAUCUUUCCAGAAGCUGGUCCAGAAACAGCUCGGUGGUGUCAUGGAGGACACCAACAGUAGUUCCGCCGUUAAGGAGAUGCAGCAGGGCCUGGACCAGAACAGUGACGGAAAAGUCAGCUUCCAGGAAUACCUCACUCUGAUUGGCUACAUUGCCAACAGCCUCAGUCAGAGCAAAACCGAAUCCAAAGCAAAUGCAUCAUGAAGAAGAGGCCUGCAUGAAACUAAAACACACCUUCCUCCUACUUAAACUGAAACAUUCCAACUAGCAUAUAAAAUGUCUUUCUAUCUUGGAUAUCUGUAAUAUUUUACUGAACGGCAUUUUUUUUUCUAAACCUUUGCUUAAUUUUAUUUUAUUUUUUUUAAUCCAAACAGUCCCGCACACAAAAGUUCUUGGUUGGUCUUUUUAUAAAAACUUUAAAUAGAAACAUGGUUUGCAAAUAAAAGCUUUGUAUCAAAACUGACGUUUAUGGUAACUUUUUAAUUGCUGCUUUUGUGUGUGUUUUUUUUUUUUAAUCUUGGCAAACAUUAAUAUUUUAAAUACUUUUUUUACACCUACUACCUUUUCUUUGAGUCCAUUUGAAGUUAGAGGCUAAAAUUGCAUCACUUAAUAAUUGAUACAACAAUACAGAAAAUAUUUGAUUAAUACAUAAAAGACUCAACAAAAUGCAUAAUAAAUAAUUUCAAAAAUAAAAGGAAGAACUCAGUUCUCUGUAGUACAAACCUGAUGUAUUUAUACCAUUUUCAGCUUAGCUGAAUCACUGGGUUUUACUCAUACACAUAAAGUGUUCAUUUAUUUUGAUACAAUGCUACUCAGAAA